AAAAUUUAGUUUAAACCGGCUGCUGACGGCAAAGCAUAGAAAAGCGUUAGAAGCAGACAAAAUUUAAACAAUUUUCUCAUUUCAAAGCUUAUGACCGGAACGUAAAGUGAUAUAUCAUUAACGAAAUGGAAGAGGCGCGAAAAACUGUUUCAACGCAAGGGAGACCCACUCAGAUAAGAGAAGAUGAAUUUUCACAGCUUAGGUCUGUCCUGCCAUCCAUUACCGCGGGGAGAUACACUUCGCCGAUAGAGGUAAUCGAAGAAGCUAUCAAAUACAUAGCACAUCUACAAGCGACUUUAGAAGACCACGAUAGCAGUUCAAUGACAACCGAAGAGGUUCAGCAACAGUUCAGAGAGCGAUCACCAAGCAUCAAGACUCGAAUCAAACUGAGAGAACGAAAGGUUGCUUCGUUUCACGCAAGACUCAAUUACGUGCCCAAACCACGCACUCUACGAGGUCAUGAGAGGAGAACGAAGAAAAAACAAACACCCACAGACACCUAAAAUACCAUUUGAUGAUAUGGCAACAAGAGCACUUUCUCUCUCUAAUAGAUUGAAUAUGUAUAAGUUAUGAGAACUGUGAUGUGAGAAACAUAGUGUACAGCUGACUAUAGCCCCAUUUACACUACACUCGAUUCAUUGGCAUUGCAUGGCACGGCUAAAAUGGGUCCAUUUCAUCUGUGCUC